AACCUCAAUUAAAAAUGUAAACAAAACACAAAACUGUUCACUGCUAUUCUCAGCUACCCACAGUUAUGGUGCAAGAAUCGUAAAUUUAAAAGUUGUUUUUCCCAAUUGUUCCAGUGAAUAGUGAAUUUGUGUCCCGCAGAUUGUACAAUGUAUCUUUGCUCAAAAUUUAACUUCAUUUAAAUCAUAACUUUUGCCUCUUUUCCUGCUAAGAUGUCAUACCUCUCGCGAGGUAAAAUCAACAUCCAAGAAGUGCAAGAAAAUAGCUGGAAAGAAUUAUUGCAACUUCUAGAAAAAUGUGUAGGCACCAAGGCAAUAGUUUGGGACGAGCCCCUAGCAGAUGCCAUCGGAUCAAUUGCAAUGUUCAGUCUUCUUCGAGAUCAAGAUGUAGUCAAAAUGUUUCCGCUUCGUCGGGGCCGUCUCCCCAUCGGACAGAACCCUUUAACUGUUUAUAAAAAUAUCAUAUUCAUCACCCGACCCCAAGUGAAUUUAAUGGAUAUGAUCGCAGACAACAUCCAUGGGGAGGAGAGAACCAGCGGUCCUCACAAAAUGUCGACAUUCCACUUAUUUUUUGUACCCAAUAGGAGUUUGCUCUGCGAACAAAUCUUGAAGAAUAGAGGUGUCUAUGGAAAUUUUACUUUUAUCGAGGAGUUCGCAUGCACUAUAUUUCCCUUUGACUAUGAUCUGUUGUCAAUGGAGCUUGAUUCUGCCUUUAAAGAGCUUCAUCUGGAAAGUGAUCCUUCUUACAUGUAUCAAGCGGCUCAAGCAAUAAUGAUGCUUCAAGACCUAUAUGGGGUCAUUCCAAGAGUCUCAGGGAAAGGUCUAGCAGCUAAGCAUGUUUGGGAUCUUCUAAAACGGUUAUCUCUGGAACCACGGACACCCAAAAAGCACAUAACACAUUCCCAAAUUGACCAUUUGCUGCUUUUAGAUCGAUCAAUAGACCUCGUUUCACCACUUGUGACACAGCUAACCUAUGAGGGACUCAUAGACGAGCUUUUUCAAAUCAAUCGCUGCACUGUGCACCUUCCACCAGAAAAAUUUAGUCACUCAAAUGAAGAUCAAAAGGAUGUCAUUGCGGGAAAAAAGCAAAUAAUUUUAAACUCAGCGGAUGACAUUUUUGCCGAACUGAGGGACAAAAAUUUCAAUGCUGUAGGCUCAACUUUGAAUCGAAGAGCCAAACUUAUAUCCUCGCAGUUGGAUGAAAGGCAUGGAGACAGAACAGUUCAAGAAAUGAAACAGUUUGUUGAUCGGUUACCAAAAAUGUUAGCAUCGAAGAAGUCACUGGCGAUUCACACAACUGUAGCUGAACUAAUAAAGGAAACAGCAGACUCAAGUGAAUUUUUAGACUCCCUGAUGGUCGAACAGGAUAUGGUUUUGGGUGUAGACACUGACAAAAUCAAUCCUCGCAUUGAAGAGUGCAUCGCUAAAAAAGUGCCACUAGUCAAAGUACUGCGGCUUAUCUGCUUGCAGUCAGCCACCAAUUCUGGGCUAAAACCUAAAAUACUCGACUUUUACAAGAGAGAAAUUAUUCAGACGUAUGGCUUUGAACAUAUCAUCUCGUUAACGAAUUUGGAAAAAUGUGGUCUUCUCAAAGUCCAGUCUGGCCAACGACAGUUCAUGGUGGUUCGAAAAACAUUGCGGCUAACCAUUGAAGACUGCGAUGAAAUUAAUCCAACUGAUAUCAACUACGUUCAUAGUAUAUAUGCACCACUUUCUGUAAGACUUGCACAGCAUGCAACCAAACCUAACGGAUGGGCAAAUUUGCAAGAUUCUCUGCAGUUACUAUCAGGGCCAGUUGUAGAUCACCAUCAGAACAUUCCGCCUUCUCAAUUAUCCCAAAGAAACAAUAUCACAUCUCAGAAUGAUGCACCAAAAGUUGUUUUAGUCUUCUUUCUUGGAGGCUGUACUUAUGCUGAAAUUUCCGCACUAAGAUUUCUUUCUCAACAAGAAGAAUCAAAUGUGGAAUUCAUCAUCGCAACCACUAAAAUCAUUAAUGGAAAUUCUUUCAUCAAAUCUCUGAUGGAGCCUUUGGUGCCAGAAUCCUAGUGUUUGCCAAAAUUUUUGCAGUAUUUUAUCUUUAGUGCUUAUGUUUGUAAUUUGUAAGUACAUACCACCUACUUUUUUAUCUCAAUAAUUUGUUGUACGCAAUUAUUAAAGAUUUUAUAUUCUGUUGUUACACUAGAA